CCGCAUUGGGCGGAGCUUAGCGUCACGAAAAUGGAGGAAAACGGCGGGUUGAAGUUUGACUGCAUGUCUUGAAUCACCAUUCCCAGGGAAUAUAUUUCACAUAUAUUACUUCCGUGCCACAGGCGACGACGGAUGACUCUUGGUCGAACGUGUGAGUGACGCUGCGUGAUGUGUGGGGAAGUCACCGUCCGAAGACAAUAAAUACAGGGUUGCUCAAUCAUCUAAAAUAAAACACAGUGACAUGAUGGAGGCUGAAGGCGUCCAUGUGGAGGCUGAACAGCCGGAUGAGAUUUACAUAGAACACCAGUACAUGUGCAGUGAGUGCCACCAGCUCUUUAACACCCUGGAGGACGUGCUGGUCCAUCAGCAGAUUCACACCAGCCAAGAAGGCGAAGGGGAGGCUGGCGAGACCGUCCAGUGUGAGAUGGAGCAGGUCCAGCAGUACCAGUGCCUGGAGUGUGGAACCAUACUCUUCAACUCAGAGGAGCUGCUUCUGCACCAGGAAAUGCAUAUGAGGGAUGCUGAACAACAAGAGGCUCUGGUGCCUGAAGAUUCUGGUUCUCAGCUUCCCAGACCAGUCCAGUACCAGUGUCUUGACUGUUUGGCCCUGUUUGACUCACCUGAUACUUGGCUGGAGCACCGCAGAAGCCACAGCACAAGCACCACACACAGCCAGACGGAGACCAUAGAGUACAUGCUCCAACCAGACGGUACGGUGGCUCCCGUCAACAACAUGCAGAACUUUGUGCUGACUGAGCGUCAGGCUGGGGAGAUCUUGGCACAGGUGUUUGCACAGCAGCAACAGAAGAGCGCCUACUCUCGGGUUUCCAAAUCUGGCUCACGCGCCUCCCUGCUGCCCCCGGUGACGCCCAACCCGGGUUUGGCGGCUAUGCAGCUUCAGAUUCUAACCGCUCAAGCUUUAGCCGACAGUUCCAGCUUGCUCGGUCAGAAAAAGCGUGGCGCCCGCCUGAGGUUGGCCCCCAGCAGCCGCAGUGACACCCAGCAGCGGCAAGCGUCUGAGAUGGUGGUCGUCCACCCGUACGAAUGCUCCGAAUGCUCCCUUGUUUUCCAAACCCCGGAGGACCUUCUCCAACACCAGGGGGAGCACUUCCUGGGUCGGGACAAAGAGAGUUCAGAGGCAGGGGUCGUGAGCAGCUUUGAGGAAGCGGACAAAGCUGACGGCUUGACAAUGACACAACCAAUCGUAGAGAAGAAAGCGGUGUGGUCCAAGCCGCAGAAAUGCACGCUGUGUGACCGCACCUUUAAUUCCGCCAACCGCCUCAGCGCCCACCAGCGCGUGCACGAGUUGGGCACUCACGAAUGCAGCGAGUGCGGCAAGAUCUUCAAAAAGGAGGCAUCGCUGCAAGCGCACAUGCGCACUCACUCGGGCGUGGCCAGGUAUCUGUGCGUGGACUGCGGACACGGCUUUACCACGGAGAUGACCCUCAUCAUGCACAGGAAGUCACACACCGCAGAUCCCUUUCACAAAUGUCAGUUCUGCAACAAAACCUUCACGAACAUGACCAAAUACCUCUACCAUCGGCGAACUCACCUCAGCCUCGACACCCCCGGCACGCUGACCCCAAGCGCUUCCAUCAGUGUGGAUGCCGCUCCACGCCGAGCCUCUCUGUCUACUCUCGCCAUCCUGCAGAGAGUGAGGGAAAAGAAGAACCUGAUAGCCCCCCUCACAGAGGAGGAGAUGGAGAAGAUGGACCAGGAUCCUGCGGGGGUCUCUCAGAGCAGAAGUAAAGAGGCCAAGCAAGGAGAGAUGAUUGAGGACGUAGUAUCAGCGGCAGCGGCUGAAGAAGGCUCAGCCCCCAAACCUGAAGAAGUUGCAUCCAGCUCAGCCGUUUCGUUAGAUAAACCAUUCACUUGUCAGACCUGCUCCAAGAGGUUCCUCUCACAGCUGCAGCUCAUCCAUCACCGUCGCACGGCACACGCCCCCGAACGCAGAUUCCUGUGCGGCAUCUGCGGCAAGUCCUUCAAAAAGCAGAUCCACGUGCGCAAUCACAUCCGCACGCACACCGGCGAGCGGCCGUUCCAGUGCGCCGACUGCGGCAAGACCUUCUCGUCCCUCGCCAACCUCACGCGACACAACCUCAUCCACACCGGCCUGAGGCCUUACCGCUGCAACUGGUGCCACCGGUCCUUCUCGCAGUCGUCCAACCUGCGCCAGCACAGCUUGCUCCACUUCGGGGGGGCCGGGCUGAACUGCCCCGACUGCCCCGCCACGUUCCGCUGGGCCAAAAAGCUGGCAGCACAUCGUUUUAUUCAUCAUCCGGGAUCUCCUGCCCCGUUCCCGUGUCCUCACUGCGAUGACGGAUUCCUCACAAGGAAGCAACGGGACGGCCACUGUUUAGAGCAGCACCCCAUCCUGCCCCCGGUUGGACAUGCAGAAGUGGUGGACGUCAAAUCCGAGGCAUCCACAUCAACGGUGUGCAAGGUCAAAUCAGAAGAUCCCAGCAGUGUUACACGAGGAGGCCUGGACUGCAACAUCUGCGGGAAGAAGCUCAACUCUGCCGCCAACCUUAGACUUCAUAAACUGAGCCACCUUGGUGGUGCUGGGCGGCCACAUGGCGCCCUGGGGAAGCGUGCCAAAGCCCACCAGUGCCUCGUCUGCGGCAAAUUCUUUGCGUCCACCUCCAGCGUGGCGCUACACCAGAGGGUCCACACCGGUGAGCGCCCCUUCCCUUGCCAGGAGUGCGGCAAGCGCUUCCGCCAGAACACGCACCUGCGCGAGCAUCUUCGCACGCACUCCGGGGAGCGGCCAUUCAGCUGCGAGGAGUGCGGGAAGUGCUUCAUCCAGAGCAUGCACUUGGCGGAGCACCGGCGUACACACACGGGCGAGCGCCCGCACGUCUGUCCCCAGUGCGGCAAAGCCUUCAAGACCUUCUCGAACCUGAGAAACCACAAGACGACGCACAGCAAGCAGCAGAGGUUGGACAAGGAGGCUGCUGCUGCUGCUCAGGUUGCCGUGGCAACAACCAGCUCAACCGUGACUGUGGUGGAGGGUCCUGCGGUGGAACUAGCAAAGGGGCAGUCUCACCUCAUCCAAAUUCACGCAUCUGAUGGUCAACAGGGCACCCCGACUAUCAUGUGCAACGAGUUCGGGGAGACCAUCGCCAUCAUCGAAAGCAGCGAGGGUGUGGCGCUGCCCCUUGAGCAAGCCCUGGAGAUCUUUCAUACAGCGUUGGAGAACGGCCUCACCGUGGAAGGAAUGCAGCUACUCUGAGGACAAACAGCAGUCAACCAAAAAACAGACAUAAUAAAUGCUUACAAAUGACUUUAGUAGCAGAUAAUGGUUUUCGUUGUCGAGGACACUAUCUUGCAAAUGUUUUUAAAGUGUAUAAAUGAAUUGUACCUUAUGAUCUUUUUUUAAUGAUUAUUUUUAUUGUACAUUUCUGUGAAGCGGAUGUGACCGGCUGCCACCAAAUUGUUUUAACUCAAAUGUUUUGUUUUUGCAUCACUACCAUCAUUAACAACCUUUACCACCUAAUUGCUUUUUUAUUGGCAUAUUGAAAGUUACAGAUACAAAAAAAAAGUGUUUUUGUCUCUCGGAUACUGGAACAGCAAAAAACAAGUAAAACACAAACAUUUAAAAGCCAUACAAUUGUGUAAUCUUUUUGUUUUACCUUUUAAGGAAUGGGCACCAUUUUUAACAGUUCAUAUGUGUCCAUAAAGACUACAGUAUUUAUCCAAGAUGUGAUCAGUGAUUUUGAUUGCGGCUUGCGUAUAGCUCUAUGAUGAGCAAUAAAGUGACGAAAAGGG